AUGUCGACAUCAGCGACUAUAUGGCGUUCAGAACGCCUUGUGUUUAAAGGCCUCGAACCUGAAGAUGAUGACUUUCUGUACGAGAUGAGGUCCGAUAGCGAAGGCUUCAUAAAUAGUGCCCCUUUCCUACCAGGCCCCUCGAGGAAAGCUCACGGUACCAGCUAUCGAGAAUAUCUCGUCAAGGCUCCUUUAGCCGUCAUCAUCUGCAUCCCGUCGGCCCCACCGGCGGACGCUGAAGAAAAAAGGGACGAAGCCCAUAGCAAAAAAAUCGCGGAGAACUUCACGUCGUCCACAGUGACUUCGUACAAGAGGCCUGUCAAGGAGAUUCUCACGCCGAUCGGCGAUUUGCACCUCCGCACAGACGACAACCCACUCAAGGAGCAUCAUCGAAAUGUAGAGAUCGGGAUAGGAAUCCACAGAGACUAUCAAGGGCAAGGCUAUGGUAGUGAGGCUCUGCGGUGGGUCCUGGAUUGGGCGUUUAGGAGGGCGAACAUGCACCGUGUCGCGAUCGCAGCGUUUUCGUGGAACGAGGGCGCCAGUCGGCUUUAUCAAAAGCUCGGGUUUACUAUCGAGGGACGGAAACGUGAAAUGUUUUGGCAUGAUGGUGCAUAUCGUGAUUUGAUUGAGAUGUCAAUACUGAAGCAUGAAUGGGACGCGUUGAAUGCGCGUCCGUCAAUACCGUCGAAGGAGGAUCUAUCCCAGACGCACAUCCCACCCAAAGACGGGAGCUCCACGGUCUGA